AUGCCCGCCGAACGUCAAAACCGCCGCAAGCCCCGCAAUGCCAAGGCUGGCCCCUCAUCUGGUCCGAAGUUCAAGGUCCCAGCCCUUGAAGCUCGUGACGGUCUUCCCGGCGUCAGCAAGCUGAAGGGACAGAUCCGCCAGACCAAGCGUCUGCUUGCCAAGGACAAGCUCGAGGCUGCCCUCCGCGUCGCCACCCAGCGUCGCCUGACCGCCCUCGAGGCCGACCUCGCGCUCGCCGAGAAGCGCGGUGUGGAGAAGAAGAACGGCACCAAGUACCACGCGGUCAAGUUCUUUGAGCGCCAGAAGCUGUGUCGUCUCAUCCGCCGUCUGGCACGUGAGGCCGAGGCUGAGGGCGCUAGCGACAAGAAGAAGGCCAAGGCCGCGGCCGAGCUCCUCGACGCUCGUGUGAUGCUCAACUACAUCAUCAACUUCCCCAACUCGCAAAAGUACAUUGCCAUCUUCCCGCCAGAGAAGGAGGGCGAGAAGACGGAAGAGGAGGGCGACAAGCUCAAGCUCCCCCGUCACCUGACUGCGUCGCUCGACGACGAGUCCCUCGACAAGCCUACUCGCAAGCGCCUCGAGAUCCUCAUUGAAACCAAGCGUCUCAUGGAGGAGGGCACUCUGUCCGGCACCCCCGAGGUGGAGCGCCGCGCCAAGGUCGAGCUUGUCGCCGAGGACAAGACCGAGACCAAGGAGGACAAGAAGGAGGCCGAGGCCGACGACUUCUUCGACGCCAGCGACGACGAGAGCGACUAG